AUGAGUGGUAACGACGACUACGUGACUAGCGAUGACGACAAUGACGCCGAAAAGAAAUACGCCCGGCCAGUCUUUGUUAGAAAAAGCAAGAGAGAAGUCCAGGCCAAGAGCCUCGAAGGCGUAGGCCAUCUUGGUGACACGCCCGUGAAGCAAACGCAGCGCCAUGGCGAAGAGAAACAGAAACCUACUAUACGGCUGGUGCCGGUGGCUAUGGAGAGACCGCAGAACCGGCCAAAAAAGAAACGACAACGCACAAGUCCGGCGAGUCAUGGCAGUGCGCUUUUCGAGUACGGUGAAAGCAUAGCGGGUUACAAGUGUGUCACCACUGAGAGCGAGAGGGACCGCCUGAAACAGAAAAGAGAGAUCGAGAUCGAGAACGAGGGCGAAAGCGCAAGCGAGGGCGAGGGCGAGGACGAGAUAGAUGCCUCUGCCUUCGACCAGGCUAAAAUCACCGAGACUGAAGCUGAAACAGAACGAGCCAUCCGCCAGUACUGGCGCCGGCCCAAAGGCGAGCCAACCGUGCUGCCGCUGCCAGGCACACCGACGCUGGCGGCCGCCAGCGUCGACCAGAUCAGCGAGCGCAGCGUAGAACGGUUCUAUGCGAUGAGCAUCCCGCUGGUGGCAGCUAACCGCAUAGAGCUUCUCCGCCGCGAUAGAAUCCGGUGGCACCCGGAUAAGCACCGCCAUCACCAGGCCAAGGUCACAAAACUGUUUCAACUCGUCAAUGGCCUGUGGGAGCGAGAGCAAGAACUGCAGCAGGCGCGCCACCGCCGGCCGGAGGCCUAG